AUGUUAUUACUCUCACAAUCGAACUCGUCUGCAUGGGGUGCUGGUGGAACUGGGUUUACAACUUAUCAAUACUAUUGGAUAGCUCCCUCCACAACAACGGCAACAAUACAGUUUCAGUUUUUUACAACUUCGAGUGGUAACUUCUGGGAUAUAGACAAUGUUUCAAUUAAAGAUUCGACUGGUGUAGAGAAAAUCACGAACGGUGGUUUCAUUUCGAAAGCAUCUUGGAAUGAAACAUGCAGUAUGAGUGGCUGUGCAUCAAUCCAAAAUUAUGGCCCAAGUUUAUCGCCGGAUUAUUGGAUAAAUUGUAUUAGUACAUCGAACUAUUACAGCGUUAGUCAAAUAUUUACGACAGUACCGUGUGCGGCAUAUAAUGUCAGUUUUGAUAUAGCAAGGUAUAAAACCAACACCAAUACAGCGAAUGCUUACAUUUAUAUUUACUAA